AUGCAGGCCCCGCCCCGCCUCAGCUCGUGCAGACUCUCGCGAGUUUUGAGGCCGCGGGGCCGGCCCGGGCGGCUGCAAUAUGGCGGAGGCGGAAGGGGAGAGCCUGGAGUCCUGGCUGACCAGAACAGAAACACUGCCGGGGAGGCCGAGCCCGGACCUGGGAAGCAGGGUGCUACACUGGCUGCCAUGGGCCUUCCCUCUGCCUGGCAGCUGUCUCUACUCAGAUCCCUGCAGCCCUGUUCCCAGUGAAGGAGCUGGAGUCUCUGUUAGGAUUUGCUCAUCCAGCUGAUAAAGCCACCAAUCCUUCCAACCGCCAGGAGGACUGGGAAUACAUAAUUGGCUUCUGCGAUCAGAUCAACAAGGAGCUCGAAGGGCCACAGAUCGCCGUCCGACUGCUGGCCCACAAGAUCCAGUCCCCGCAGGAAUGGGAGGCACUCCAGGCCCUGACAGUGCUGGAGGCGUGCAUGAAGAACUGUGGGAGGAGAUUUCAUAACGAAGUGGGGAAGUUCCGCUUUUUGAAUGAGUUAAUCAAAGUCGUCUCUCCAAAGUACCUGGGGGACAGGGUGUCUGAGAAAGUGAAGACCAAGGUUAUUGAGCUGCUAUACAGCUGGACCAUGGCCCUGCCAGAAGAAGCAAAGAUCAAAGACGCCUACCACAUGCUGAAGAGACAGGGCAUAGUGCAGUCUGAUCCGCCAAUUCCUGUGGACAGGACGCUGAUCCCCUCUCCACCACCUCGUCCCAAAAACCCUGUUUUUGAUGAUGAGGAGAAGUCUAAGCUUUUAGCCAAGCUGCUGAAAAGCAAGAACCCAGAUGACCUGCAAGAGGCCAACAAGCUCAUCAAGUCCAUGGUGAAGGAAGAUGAGGCACGGAUCCAGAAGGUGACCAAGCGUCUGCACACGUUAGAGGAAGUUAACAACAACGUGAGACUGCUCAAUGAGAUGCUGCUUCAUUACAGCCAGGAGGACUCUUCGGACGGGGACAGAGAGCUGAUGAAGGAGCUGUUUGAUCGGUGUGAGAACAAGAGGCGGACUUUAUUUAAACUCGCCAGUGAGACUGAGGACAAUGAUAACAGUUUGGGGGACAUCCUGCAGGCCAGUGACAACCUCUCCCGGGUCAUCAACUCUUACAAAACAAUUAUUGAAGGGCAGGUCAUCAAUGGCGAGGUGGCCACCUUAACCCUGCCUGACUCAGAAGGAAACAGUCAGUGCAGUAAGCAAGGCACGCUCAUCGACCUUGCCGAGCUGGACACGACGAACAGUUUGUCCUCCGUGUUGGCCCCAGCACCCACUCCACCCUCCUCGGGCAUCCCGAUCCUCCCUCCACCACCCCAGGCUUCAGGACCUCCACGUAGCCGCUCCUCUAGCCAGGCCGAGGCCACCCCGGGGCCCAACAGCACAAGCAACGCCCUCUCCUUGCUGGACGAGGAGCUGCUCUGCUUGGGCCUCGCCGACCCAGCCCCUAAUGUCCCUCCCAAAGAGUCAGCUGGGAACAGCCAGUGGCACCUACUCCAGAGGGAACAGUCCGACCUGGACUUCUUCAGCCCCAGGCCGGGGACCGCUGCCUGUGGCGCCUCCGACGCUCCUCUUCUCCAGCCUUCGGCCCCCUCCUCAAGCAGCUCCCAAGCUCCACUGCCGCCUCCCUUCCCAGCUCCUGUGGUCCCAGCCAGUGUUCCUGCCCCCAGUGCGGGCUCCUUCUUGUUUUCUACUGGAGUGGCCCCAGCUUUGGCCCCAAAAGUUGAGCCUGCAGUCCCUGGGCACCAUGGCUUGGCAUUGGGCGACAGCGUGUUGCACCACCUGGAUGCCCUCGAUCAGCUUCUAGAAGAGGCCAAAGUGACCUCAGGCUUGGUGAAACCUGCCACCUCUCCUCUCAUCUCCACCACCACCCCAGCCAGGCCUCUCCUGCCCUUCUCCACGGCGCCCGGCAGCCCACUCUUCCAGCCGCUGAGUUUCCAGUCCCAGGGCAGCCCCCUGAAGGGGCCUGAGCUCUCCCUUGCCAGCAUCCACGUGCCCCUGGAAUCGAUCAAGCCUAGCAGUGCCCUUCCCGUCACAGCCUAUGAUAAAAACGGCUUCCGCAUCCUCUUCCACUUUGCCAAGGAGUGUCCCCCAGGACGACCUGACGUACUGGUGGUGGUGGUGUCCAUGCUGAACACAGCUCCCUUGCCUGUCAAGAGCAUCGUGCUGCAGGCUGCAGUGCCCAAGUCAAUGAAAGUGAAGUUGCAGCCACCCUCUGGGACAGAACUCUCUCCAUUCAGCCCCAUCCAGCCACCGGCAGCCAUCACCCAGGUCAUGUUGCUGGCCAAUCCACUGAAGGAGAAGGUGCGGCUUCGGUAUAAGCUGACCUUCGCCCUGGGGGAGCAGCUGAGCACAGAGGUGGGCGAGGUGGACCAGUUCCCUCCUGUGGAGCAAUGGGGGAACCUAUGACCCCAGAGGAUGCUGUGAUCUCCACCUUGAAGCCAGGCAGGCUGCCCUGAGACCGGGAGGGCUCUGGUCCCAUCACUCUCCAUGCCCUGACGACAGUGCUUGUAGCUUUGAUGUGGAACAGGGGCCCUGGGCAUUUCUGCUGGGAACCAAACUGCUGCUGUGGUAACCUCUCCUUUGGCCCCUAAAAGGACCUGUUUUUAUCUACCUGUGUGACUUGAAGUGGCCAUAUGCUGUCAGGGGUGGGGAGUGGCCCCUGACUUCACUGCUGUCCCGGGAACAUGGACCCCAGGCUUGGCGUAGGUGUUUUCUUCUUUCUACUGGCAUUCACUGAAGCCACCGGGGUGGGGGUGGGAGACUCUAAAGGGAGGCUGUCACGGCUCACUCCCCACAAGAGCCACAUCCUCACACCUGACAGAUGCACGGCCCAAGGGGCCGCAGCCCUUUUGCAAUUCCAUGCUUCCCCUGCCAGGCAGCUCCUGCUGCCAUCCCCAGGGAGGUGGGCCAAGCUCAGUGGCCCAGGAAGAUACCUGGCCCAGAAUAAGGAACUGGUAUACUGCAAAGUCCCCAGCCCUGCCUCUGGUGGACAGCAUCAUCCUGGAAUGGCCACGGAGUAAGGAGUUGUGUGCUUAUCCCUGGCAGUGGCAGGCUGUGUCCUAUGGACAUCUUGGCAGGACAUGGAAUUUGGCCUCAUGACAGGCCCAACUAGGGAUAGGAAGGAAAAUGAAGAGAGCCAGUGUUUCCCCUUCUCCAGAAGCAGGUACUCAGCUUUCUGGGAAAAGCGUGCCUCCAGCCGUGGGGACAGGCCAUCCUACUGACUACCUCUUGCUUGGCAUGAAAUAAACUGCUAUCCUCCCCUUACAAUCUCCCGCUACUCUGCGUCCUACUGCUUUGGCCUCCCUCUCCUCUCACCAGAUGGCAUGUGGUGUGGCACCUGUGGCUGGACACAGGAGGCCUCAGGAUCACAAAUGUUACACUAGACGUAUGUCCUAAUGUGCUGCCCAGAAACCUCGACUGUUCCCCAGCUCCUGAGGGGCGCUGUCAGCGAAAUGCUGGGUCUGGAGGUGAUGAGAUCAGGGGCCACACAUGAGCCGAGUCACCAGACCCUAUUGCUUCAACAGUGCUUGGCCCCAGCCAGCUUGUCCUGGCCACUCUGGCUGCUGGAUGUGAUCCUGGGACAGGGAUUCCAAGCCUCCCUCACAAAAAAAAAAAAAAAAAUAGAAAACAAUCACCAGCUGCCAUAGACACGGGGAAGCUUGCAGAGCUCAGAUGAACAAGCUCAGCAAUCGGACAUCUCUGGGGGAAAGGAAGGUGGCACAGACCACAUUCCCUGGUUCCUCCCUGCCCCUUGCCAGGCUUCCUUAUUCCUUCCUAUGGAUCAAGAGGUCAUAUUCCUUCCCUGCCCCUCGCUGUCUUUAGCAAGCAGGUUUCACUGCUUCAUUAGAACAGGACAGGUCAAAAGUGAAUCAUUUUUCACUAAAGAAUAAACCCAAGAGCUUUCCAGAGACUGGCUGCUGCAGCCCUGGGAAUGUCUGGAAUUACUCUGUGGAAAUAGAACUUUCUAUUACGCUCUAGACAUUACAGUUAUUUGAGUGUUACUCGUUACUAUUGAGGUCAAUGCUUCGUGGCAAAUGGCUGUACUGGAUAUACCAACUCUGCUGCCCUUGUUUUGCUGCAUGUUAAAUAAAAACAUUUUCACUGUA